AUGAAGUCUUCUUUCAUUAGUGAGCCUGCACUACUGGAAGAGCAUGCGGCGAGCAUCAACAACUUCACUACAGACUUGGCAUUGCUGCAAAGCCUACAGCUAGCUGACAAACAGGUGGAGCUGUUGAUAGAGGAGGACAAUGAACUCCUGGCCAUCUCUGCAGAGAAUCAACGAAUAUGCGAAGAGGUCAUGAAGAAAAGGCAGGAGCUAGAAGAAGCCAAUGCAACCAUAUCGAAGUUGAAGAGUGCUUACCACAGCUAUAUUGAUAAGAAGUUUUCAUCAAACAAAAGGCUGGAUCAAGGAGGCAAGCCUUCGCUGGAAAACGAAAGAAAGCUGAAAAAGGAGCGACACAAGCUGAAAGUUCUCAACAACAUCCUCUUGCAGGUGUUAACCUCAUCUACAAUUGACUGGGCAAAACAUGAACGUCUCGUUGAGCUACUUGAUGAGAUAUCCAAGUUUUUAUGAGUGUACUCGAAGCUUUAUUGCAUUUUUACUAAAAAGAAAGAC